AUGGCAAAACUUCUAAUUUCAAAUGGAGCAAAUAUUAAUUAUAUUAAUCCAGAAAGUGGACUCCAUUACCUUCACAUUUGUAUAAAGAAUCAUAUGGAUGAAAUAACUGAACUUCUUAUUUCAAAAUGUGAGGAUAUUAACAUCAAAAGUAGUGAGCAAAUUAUCGUGCGUGAUGAGGAAGGAGAAGAAUUGGAUUAUGGAAUGACCCCUCUUCAUUAUGCAGUUUUAACCAAAAAUUAUUUAAUAUUUAAUUUACUAAUUUCACAUGGAGCUGAUGUCAACGCAAAAGAUAGCUUCGGAAAAACAGCUCUAUUUUACAUAGUUAAUAAACAUAAUAGAUCAUUCCAAUAUAUUCAUAUCGUAAUGAAUUUUGUAACCAAACAAACAGAAAAUUUACAAAACGAAGAAAUACAUAGAGAAACUAAGGAAAUAGUAAAAACCCUUAUUUCUCGCGGUGCCAAUAUUAAUGAAAAAGACAAGUCUGGGAAAACAGCUCUCCAUUAUGCUGCCUUUUAUAGUGACAUAGAAUCAAUUGAGAUCUUUAUUUCUCAUGGUGCAGAUGUUAAUGCAAAAGAUAAAAUCGGAAAAUCACCUCUUCAUUGGGCAUCGAUGGUAGAAGACGAUUGUGACAAUGUUUUGAUCCCUAUAGAUAAUAAUGAAGAAAAAUCCAAAAUAAAAGAAAAAAUUUAUCAAUUAUCAUGCCAACUUUAUAAACAAACACUCGAAUUUCUUAUUUCGAAUGGUGCAGAUAUCAAUGAUAUAGAUUAUUUCGGAGUGACAGCUCUCCAAAAUGCAAAAAAGUAUUAUCGUGGAAAUAUUACAGAAAUCCAAAGUUUAUUCGAUGCUAAAUGA